UUUCCUUCUCGUAUAUACAUUUGAAACGUCAUCUAUCGUGUCACUUAUAAGCGAAAUUUAUUCUGCUGCUUCAGUCUAGCGACAGGACCACGAGUGUAUACCGUGUAAGGAAUCACUUCGCAACUUUACUCGACAUGCUGGGAAAUAUCGUUAUCGCUGUGGCAGCCGUGAUUUUCAUUACAGGCGUCCAAGUGUCUGAUGGAAGAUUCCUAACCUCUGAAUCACAGUCUAACGCAACUCAAGGGUCUACUGCUACAGAACUACAAGAAGGAGCCUCAGGAGCCCAAGUCACUGGUGAAAGCGUCGAACCCUCUGAAACACCGUCUAGACCAAGUGAAGAGUCUUCUACUACAGGAGAACAGCAUGAAAGAAGCUCAGGCGUCCGAACCUCUGAUGAAACCGUCGGAACCUCCUCCGAGCCACCGUCUACCACAACUCAAGCAUCUGGUAGUUCGGCAGACCAGCCAGAAGGAAGCUCAGGCGUCCAAACCUCUGAUGAAAGCAUUGGAACCUCCUCCAAGCCACCGUCUACCACCACUCAAGCAUCUGGUAGUUCGGGAGAACAGUCAGAAGGAAGCUCAGGUCCAGUCUCUACUACAGUUCAAUUCAAGGAAACAAAUCCGGACUGCAACGUAACUGAUGGAAGCGUUCAUGUCUACAGCAGCUGCCUGUUUACCUGCGAGGGCGAUGAAGCCUUUGCCUUAAACGAACGUGAGCCAUGUUAUUUGCACAAAAUCCUAGUCGGACUUGGUGCUCAUUGAAGCGAUCAACAGUUCGUGAAGGACAGAAGCCUAAAGCGGAAGUCACCGUAUAGAUAGGGGAAAUUAUCUUCAUCAUCGCCUGCCCAACGACUGCGAAGACAACUCUCCGGGUCUAAACAUCGGCUCCAGCCUGAGGCUUCCCUCCUCUGCCAAGUGUUUUUCACUUUAUGCCUCCAUCUUGCUGUGAAGCCUUUGUUUCUAUUAAAGGACAUUCCAAAUUCAGUGUCAAA